GUCCGACCAGCCCAGAUGAUGAGCUUGUAAAGCGGCAAGACUCACAGACGCCAUCGGUUGCGGAUAUGUCAAAUCCCGGGACUCCCGAUGAGUCUGUGAGCCCUAUGCAUCAUACCGGACAGCUGCCGCCCGCAUUGGUAUCAAGCUCUUCGGACCUGGGCUCGGCAGUCUCGAUGUCUAUUAGCAACCCAUCGAUUCAGUCUGUCAUCUCUGAGGCCUCUUCAGUCAGCAGGCAUGGUGACCAGCAUGACGGAAAGGGGCAGCCAUCCUCUGACGACACGCUUCCUGCCGCGCCUCAUCAGUACCUUCACGAAGACAACAUCCAUGGCUACAGUCCUGACCAAGAGGAGGACGCUGCAGUCAACAGUGACUGCGAUGAAGAAUUUGAUUCGUCCUCCGAUAGCGACUGUGGGCUACUCAUGUCUCGGCGCAAGUCUGCGGCUAAGCAAGGUGGACAUGGUGGCUCAGCGCCACUUGGGGUGCAGAAGAAGGCGCGAAGAGGCACGGGCGUGUCAACCCGCUCCAAAAAGUCUUCGCGAAGCGGCUCCAAUAACACGAUGAAGAAAAUCCGGACACGAGAAAGCAGUGAUGAGCAAAGUCGACGCUCUCUAGACAUCAGCGAAGAGUGAUGUCCACUUCAGGAUGUACCGCGACCAGAUUUUACAACACUUUACUACACGAAUCAUCACGACACGACCUCACGAUCAACCAAUUUAUGCCGGCCUAGAAGACGGCAUCUUCGCACACCUAUUCUCAACGAUACCACACCGCUCUACCUUCGCUUCUUGUUCAUGCUUGCGAUCGACGAAUCCGGCAUCGCACGGGAUAUCAGUCGACUUUUUUCUUCUUGGCGAUGCAAGCUGUUCUUCCUGCUUGAUGUAUCCCACUUUCUUCUGGCAUGAAGUGUACGCAUAGUGGAUGCGUUGUUUUAUGUUAUGGCUGUUCUUGGUUGGAGUUUAGCGUUUCGAGCGCCGGCGUUCACAAAGAUAGAUGGGAUGGGAUGGGAUGACUGAACAGCCCAAUGUGUCGAAUGAAAUGGGACGGGUUGAUUGAGGCAUCUGGGAGGAGCAAUGCUGAAAGCAAAUGCAUGCAAAAAGGGAGGCAAAGACGUGGUUGUGGUUUCUCUGACACACUACUGAUGUUGCCAGAUUGACUGUGUAUAUCAGCAGCAUAUGGGCGUCUGCAGCCCCGGGCGGGUUUCCAUGAAUUCCGGCAUUUUGCUAUGUGUCUGUUUGGAUGAAGGGAGGAAGAUGGACGGGCCGGCAGGUGGAUGGGGUGAAUGGGAAUGAGAGAAGCGGGAGGAUGGGAUGGGUGGGUGGCUCGAUGGCAGAUUUGUUGUUGAACAUCUAUCUUCCUUUCUACCCUUACUGUCUUGGUCUUGGAGGUGGUGGCAAUGAAAGUCUUCCUCUGUAUUUUCAAAUCAAGUGACCUUCCGCGU